AUGGCCUCGUUUACCUAUUUCCUGCUUUUUGCUGUCAUCAGCCAUGUGGCCUAUUCAAUUAUAUGCAGUCAACGCUUGAGGGGAUCCGAUAUGGGAACCGAGGAGGACUGUGGUGACUCGUGCGCUUUCUGUCACUCCAUUACGAGGAGUGGUGGUGCUGAUGAUGAGAAUUUCGAGGUUUUCGGAUGUGGUUGCGGUGAGAACUCGAUCGCCAAAUCAUUGAAACCAGACGAUUUUCAGGAUUGUGAUGGAGAAUACGAAUCCCUGUCGGUUGGUCCAGAACACGCCUACAAGGAUGAGGAGAAAUGCUGUACAUCAGCCGUAUGUCAC